AUGGAGGGCAGCCUCGCCAUGGAUUGUCAUUGGCGCAUCGGGCCGACGGAGGAAGCGCGCCACCAGGAGGUGAUGGCUGGCCUGGGCAUGCACGGAGCCGAGUGGGCGCUGUGGAAGGUGCUGGAGGUGUCCGAUGUCGACGCGGGGCAGAACCGGCUGCUGCUCCUCAGGGAUAUGGUGUGCGGCGGGCCGAUCCCCAAGCUCUUUCCGGAGCUGGAUGAGCUCGACGUUGCCGGCCUGAACGCCUGGCGCACGGUGUCCUUCACCUUGCUCGAUGCGGAGGGUCGGGAGAAGGAGUUGAGGAUUCGCUACCUCAACUCCAACACUAUCAAAUUACUUUACUCGUGA